AUGGCGCAGUUCUGCUUUUUUGCGUGGGAUCCGACAGCGAAAGCAUCCCCCGAAGAAAUCGCGCACUUGCAGGACGACGAAAAGGAAUUCGCACACCAGGACGCGAAGAUUCUGUAUUACCACCCCGGUUUGGUGACGCAAGAGGAGAAACGGAAUCAGGUGUCGCUCGUGCAGGGCUUGGUGGAUUUCACGCGACAGUGGGACAUGAUGACGGAUGCUCCUGCGAAGGAGCCAAAAACAAAAACCGUAUCCACCGCCAGCCCGGCGGGCUCGAAAACCACGGCUCCGGCGGGAGCUGCCGCAGCCGGCACCUCUGGCUCGGGAGGCAGCAGUUCGUCUAGCAGUAGAAUAAAGAAACAAAAGAAGAAGCGAUGUUCCUCGCUGCGGUCGAUGAAGACGAAGGACUACUCCUUCGGGUUCGAAGAGGUGGAAGACAACAUCUGGUUCGCGCUCGCCGUGAAGCACCCCGCGGUGACUGUCGGAAGUAAAACCGUGACGGUUCCCGGUGGAAACAAGCAGAGCCCGAGGACGCGGGGAGACCAUGACGGCCUAGGUGGACCACCUGACGGGCAAAAGGGCGAGGACAAUAGCUCGAGCAGACCCAACCACAGACAGCAGGUGAUCGACAUUCGCGAGUCACUGGAAACCAUCAUUCCGGAGAACACGCUGCUUGCGGUGCUGAAAAACCUCUACAGCAUCUUUCAACUGCUUCACGGAAAGGUGCGGCACUUUUUGCCGGAAGGCGACAAUAAGGGCCAAGGAACUUCUACUUCUGCGUCAAGUUCCUCAAAGGAAGAUGGGAAAAAAAUCGCACCGGGAAUAAAAAUGAGCAGCCAUAGCAUGAAAACCAGGUCGCAGCAAAGGGAACUUCUGGCAGACCUGCUGGAGGACCUCGUGCCUGCGUAUCUGGAAACCUUGACGCACCACUUGCUCGACUCGCAGUUGGCGAACGGUGUUUUCUACCAGCUCGAUGGGUUUCACUACGGACCAGUGGAACGAAACACCUACGUCUCUAUCGCAACAUUUCUGGCAAAACUGAAAGAAAUGCUGGGCGUGGAGUACCGAAAUUGCGCACUGUUUUACAAGGCGCAUCUCAUCUACAGUGGCAUGGAUCUGGAGGACAUGAAGGUACUCAGAGAGUGCGCCAGAUUACUUGUGGCGGUUUUCAUGUGAAAAUAGAUUGCUACAUGAUACUAGUGUUAUAUAGCACAUGCAGCAUAUGUUUGUAGCCAGCUGCGUACAGAUGGUUGCUGGGACAAGUUGUCCCAGGGCAUAGUGUUAUCGCCGUCAGGCUGCAACUACAUCUAUGGCAGAGCCAAUCGAUGUCAGCUGCAUUUUUUACCGUAUGGUCAAGUCUAAAAAAUUCAACCAACACUUAACCAGGUCGCCUACUCCUACCUCGUUAAUUUGUUUAAUGGGCAAGUUUCGAACGAGAAGCUGAACCAGCCGCCCUACGGCCGCAUUCCCACGUCGAACAAUUCGCAUUCCAGCGCGUUCGGCAGAUCGCACUUGAUCGAGGCCGCCGAGGGUGCGAGCACUAAUUCCGCGGCAAACCUGAUCGAAACGACCUUGUUCGGCGGUGCCGCCACGGUAUUGCCCUCGGCGCGGAGCGGAACAGGUGCUGCUGGGAGGAAAAAAUCCGCGCAGCCGCACAACAGCGGUUGCUACCUGUUCGGCUCGGACGACACCUCCAGCACGGCGACCAGCAAUCGGAAUCUGUUCAUCCCGCGGGUGUUUCUCCCGAGUAACAACGCCGAGGGGCAGCUGGUUGCGCUCUGCUACCACGGAGUUCUACUUUUGCUGGUUUUCGACAAGAACGUCAACGUGGACGCACGACUACUGGAGGCGAUCAAAAAAUACAGCACGUCGCCAGAGCUCUGCGAGAAUCUAUCCACGCUCGUGCCGAUUAUCGAGAAGCAGUUUUCCCUAGUAAUGUCGGCAGAGGAUGAGUACCGCUUUCUCUACUUCAAUCACGCGAACCAGGCGCUCCGGGUCUCCAACCACUUCUCGACCGGACACAGUUCCCAGAGCCGAAAUGUCUUCUCCGCCGCCUUCGGGGGCGGGAGUACUAGCGGCAAUACUUUGCUCGGAGGCGGGGGAGCUGGUAGUGGUACUAAUGCGCACCAGGGGAACAAAAACGGCGCACUCACCCUGUCCGGCAAGAAGAAAAACAAGGAGCAAGCCGCGUCCGCCCAAUCGCGGGUUUACAACCUUGUGGCGAGCGUCAUUACCGGGGGCGGCACAAGUACGUCCAACACGGCGGGUGGUAAUAACAACGGCAACAGCUCCCCGGGAGACGGAAAUGCGGAUGGCUCGGGUGCCGGGGGCAAGGACGACGACAAGGAAAACGGACGGCUGACCGUGUCGCAGGUAAACACGCCGAACACGAUGGAGUAUUUGCAAAACGGCGACAAAGACUUGUACUUGGCGCAGUGUUUGCAUUCGACAAUUGCGAAAAACUCCGACUGCAAUUACCGGGAAGUGUGUUUGAAAGAGCACGAAAGAGGCUGGAUCUGCGCGAAAAGGUACUUUUUCUGCGUGGGGUUUAGAACAUGUUUGAUGUUUUUUUUUGUUUGUAGUACAGUGACAACGCAUCAUGUUGAAUUUUUUUUUGUUUCAGUAUGCAUUUCAAAGUAAGUGUCAUCAAUUUUUUCAGGUCACUAGAGCGGGAGUUUUACCUGAUGCUCGACCAACCGUCCAUGAUGCUCUCGAAGUGCCAGGAAGAAAGCGCAAGGUUCUCGGCCAUUCACUUCAGCAACAUCUACAUGAUGUGAGGUUCUCGAAUCUCGAGUACGUAGGCAAUGACAAGCCGUGCGCGUCGAGGAAUGCCUAAAGUAUCGAAAGAUGGACAUCUUGAUCUCUACUAGAUAUAGAUCCUUUAGCGACUACGACAAUGUUUUUUUUCUGUCCGUGGAUAGAAGAGCAGGUAAUCUCUUCAAUCCCACGAGAGCUUAUCUGCACCGACUUUAUCCCCGCCAGCACGCACACUGGUUGAUGUGGAUACUGUUUGCGAUCGAGACCUCGUUCUGCGAGCGCAAACGUUCGUAACGCAGGAGAAAACUUCGCGCAAGACGAUGUUCUGCUUCUGGUAGUUUCUUCAGAAAGGGAGAGAUCUUGUGCACAGUGGUGAUUUGGUUCGACAUGUCUGCUUGAGCAGCACACGCGCCUGCCUACGCUUCUUGGGGAAGACACGGAAACAUUCGCAGGGCAUGUAUGUAUGAUCUGCUACUAGUUCACAGGCAAGAGGCCACCAGGAAAUUAUCAUUGUGUGAUUCAGCCCAGCAGUCCUCGCUAUUGCCAUUCGGAGACUUAGAUCAGGAGUACGAGACAUCAACCCAGAUAAUUCUCAUUCGUGAAUGUCCUGCUGGAUUGAUAUCUCUACCAGCGGCCAAUUUGCUGGGGAUUCCCACUAAUCUAAAAA